AUUGAAGAUGCCGAUGGGCGACGGUGGUGUUUUAGGAGCGAGAACCGUGCUGGCGGUGAGGGAUAUUAAGGUUGACGCCAUGACGGAGCCGCUGCUCUGCCAUCGACUGGAGAAGGAUAACUUCCCCGUGGUGCGUGCUGCUGACGUGGCGUGUGCUGCUGACGUGGUGUCUGAUGCUGAUAUGCAGCUUGUCCUGCUGUUAUGGGGCUUGUUUCAGCUGACUUGGCUCAGCUACCCUUUUGAGGCGCCUCAAAAGGCGUCUGGGGAGUUCUGUCAUCUGGUGGGAUCUGCUCCCGUGCAGCUCAUCAUGACCCGCACAGAGCCACACAUCUCUGCCAUGCGCUCACAACAAUCACAUAGGGCGCAGUCACAUGCGACACAGUCACAUACGGCUCAAUCACAAGCCUCGCAGCAGCCAUUUGCUUACUUCGAUGGGGCAUUGCGCAAGCACGAGCGGGUAGCAGCAACAUUUUCUGAUGCUCUUGCACUUGCGUGUGCGUCUCCCCUUGCUGUGGGAGCUGAAGCAAGUGCCAGUAGGGGAAGCCACAGUGUUGCAGCUGCCACUCCUGCCACGGGUACUGCUAACAGUGGUGUUGUCACUCCUGCCCCUCCAGCCUCCGGUGCUCCUGGGAAUGGUUCUGCUGGCAGUGCUGAGGAGAAGGGAGACGGGGUCCGGAUGCAAGGGGGUGAGGGGAAGUGGAGUGCUGGUAGUGCUUGUGCUGCUGGUGGUGCUGCUGGUGGUGCCGGUGCUGCUGGUGCGGCUGCUGCUGUUGGGAAUGGUGCUGCUGGCAGUGCUGAGGAGAAGGGAGACGGGGCCCGACCGCAAGGGGGUGAGGGGAAAGGAACUGAGGCGGGAGGGGGCGAGGAGGAGCAGGGCGGUGGGUUGCAGGAGAUGAUACGAGCCAUGGCGUCCGGUGCAGCUCCACUGGCGUUCUACCUCGCCCAGAGCAACUCUGUGGGAGAAGAGCGGGCAGUGUGGCGUAUGCCAUGGACCGUACGCCAUGGACCGUACGCCAUGGACCGUACGCCAUGGAUCGUACACCAUGGAGCAGAGGGGGUUAUGCCAUCGGUGCUGGAUGCAUCUCGCCUCACGUCGGCCAAUCUGUGGAUGACACUUGGCGGACCCUCCUCCUCCUCGCCUCACUACGACCUCUUUCACAACCUGCUCUGCAUUGCGACCGGCUCUAAAACAGGACAGGUCGUCUAUGGCCCCUACCAGCAGCUCAAAUUUUGUUUCUUUUCCCCCUUCUUCUCAAAUUACUCGUGCUCUCCCCCUUCCCUUGAUACCCUGCCCAUCCGCACCAGUCACGUUCAUCCCCACCCGUCUCCGCUCCAUCUGUCCCAAGAGGCAGCAGCGGCAGCAGCCACGGUGACUCUUCAUGCGGGGGACGCGCUCUUCCUGCCUGAAGGCUGCCUGCUCGAAGCUCAUAAGGAAUGCACGGCAAAGCAAGCAGCACUGACAGACGCAGGAGGGGCGGAGGGUGAGGGUGCUCCUGUUGAGGUGCUUCAAAAGGCAGGAGCGGUGGAGGGUGAAGGAGGAGGGAUCAAUGGGCGAGGAGAAAAGCCGGCAGAGUUGCCGACCAAUGUAGGAGGGACGGAGUGCGAAGGGGCUGCUUUUGAGGGGCGUGAAAAGGCAGGGGUGGUGGAGGUCAUGGCUCACGCCUUCCCCCUCUCCGCACAUCAUCUGCUGCACCACGCACUGUCGCCCCUCUCUGCUUUCCUCAUCACCUCUCGCCUAGAUGCCGAUGCGGUGCCUCCAUCCCUUCCCACUGCUGCCGCCACUGCUAUUGCUGACACUGCCACUGCCACCGCCGCCGCCACCGCCACUGCCGCCACUGGUGGUUGGGACCAUGCUGCUGCUGCUGUUAGCACAGCUGACACUGCUCCCUAUGGCAAUGGCAACAGCAGUGGAGUUAACAGCAGCACCAGCAGCAGCAGCAGCAGCAGUGGCGGAGGGUUCUUUGAGGAGUUUUACGAUGCUCUUCCUGAUCCCGCCUCUGCAGCUGCUGCAAUACUGCGAGGCGUGGAAGAGCACAACAAAAAGUCGCUGAAAGAGGUGGUGGAGCUGGUCUGUGCGUUUGAGUCAAGACCCGAGUAG